AUGGCAUCAGGGGAUCUUUUCGCGGCGCCUAUCGGCACAACGCCGCCUCACCCUUCCAUCUCUGCCCGUAGUGAUCAUCCGGUUCCACGAAAGGGGAUCACGUCCAACACGCCUCUUCAGACAAACAAAUUUUAUUCCAACUUUUUCUUGGGGGACCAGACGGCGCCAACGUACACCUACCCCUACGGCAUAUCAUGGGGGGCAGGGCGAGGUGCCGCCGCGAGUUUCGGCAUGGCCAUCUCCCACAUUGAUGCCAAUCAGAGAGUUUUUGGUCCGAAUAAGCCCUCUGGAGCUGCGGCUUACUUUAUCAACCCAGUAGGUAUUCAGUCCAUGGUAAUCAGCGCUCAAGAGCUCGGCCCAGAGACCACUCUGGGGAUAGACAAUAUUACGGCCUUUUCAGCGAGGAUCCAUCUGCGACCCAAUGCCGGAACUGUUCCUGCAGUUUCUUUCCCUUUGGUCCAAGGAAUGCCAUUUAUCACCGCUCAAUAUGCUGGCACGACUCCUGUGAUUCGGACUGGAGUAUUCUUCCGAACGGUGACGCGAGCAUCUCAGGAUCCCAAGCCCGGCGUUGCGAAGUAUACUUUUCAACUUGAAGAUGGAAAGAUUUGGCGGCUCUACGCAUAUGCCACCACUGGUGAUCCGUUGAACCUACAGGUUGUCAGCAACGGCGUGGCUCAAUCGACAAGCCCCUUUUACGGAAUCAUACAGGUGUGCAAGGAUCCUGGGAAUGGCGAGGCGUUGUUUGACCAUGCUGCUGGAGUGUACCCUACGACGGUUGAGCUGGCUGGAUCCGUAAACGGUGGUACGGGUGUUUACAGCUUCAAGUUCGCCAAGGAAGGACAUCAAGACGGAAAAUUGGUCAUGUAUGCACUGCCGCAUCAUGUUUCCUCGUUUGACGCCACGACCCGGGCAGCAGUUCAGCAGGUCCAGUUGCAGACUCCUACCAAGGGCAUUGCAACUGUGGUCCUAGCUGAUCAAUGGACGAUGGUUGAGCCAAACCUUCCCAUUACCAUGAAUUUUGCCCCCUGGAGCCCUGAUCGAGGUCCACUCACGGCAAUCUCUGACAAUGCGCGAGCUAUAAUCCGUGAGAAAGCAGUCCAGGAGGUAUCCCAGGACAUGAUGGCGCAGUCAGACUUAGACUCCAUGUAUUUCAGUGGAAAGUUGCCUCUAACAUUCAUACAGGCAUUGGCCAAGUUUGCUAUCAUGAUUGUUGCCAUCAACGACAUUGUACGAGAUGCAGGCUUGGCUCAAUCAGCUCUCAACAGGCUGAAGGCAGCGUUUGCCAAAUUCGCCACCAACCAACAGAAGUUUCCUUUACUAUACGAAAGCGCAUGGGGUGGUGUUGUAUCUUCAGCAACCUACGUGACGGGCAACGAUGGCGCUGACUUCGGCAACACGAACUACAACGAUCAUCACUUUCAUUAUGGAUAUCAUAUUCUUGCUGCUGCGGCUAUCGCACAUCUGGACCCCGGCUGGAUGCAAGAGAAUAGAGACUAUGUUAACACGCUGGUCCGCGAUGUGGCCAAUCCGAGCACUCAAGAUCCGUACUUUCCUACGUGGCGCUCUUUCGACUGGUACCAUGGGCACAGCUGGGCUCAUGGAUUAUAUGCCUCGUAUGAUGGAAAGAAUCAAGAGUCAAGCUCCGAGGACAUGAUGCACGCCUACGCCAUCAAGAUGUGGGGUGAGGCGUCAGGGGACAGCGCUAUGGCUAUGCGAGGCAAUCUGCAACUGUCCAUCAUCUCCCGUGCCCUCCAGCAAUACUACCUCUACAAGAGCGACAAUGUCGUGCAGCCACCCCAGUUUAUCGGAAACAAGGUGGCCGGCAUUCUGUUCGAAAACAAAAUCGACCACACAACCUUCUUCGGCGCUAAUAUCGAGUAUAUCCAGGGCAUCCAUAUGAUCCCUCUCCUGGCGCCCUCGCCCUUUGUUCGCACUCCUGACUUUGUGCGGGAAGAGUGGGAAACGUACUUUAGCGGAGGCCGCGUGGAUGGCAUCGCGGGCGGCUGGAGAGGAAUCAUCUAUGGAAACCUGGCGACUAUCGACGGUAGGACCGCGUUCGACUUUUUCAACAGCCCCAAUUUCGACCCAGGCUGGAUUGAUGGAGGUGCAAGCUUGACGUGGUAUUUGACCUAUGCCGCUGCGAUGGGCGGCAUCUAA